CCGCCCGUGCAGGGAGGAGGGAGCGGAGGCGGGGCCGGGCCGAGGCUGGGUGACGACGCGGGUAUGGCGGGCGCAGGGCCGCAGCGCGCUGCAGAGCAGAUCCAGGUGGAUAGUCACCCGACAUUUCAAGCUGAAGAGAAAAACAUUAUAGAAAAAGAUUCCCUUGAUAAAAGGCAACAGUUAGAUCCAGCAGCACAAUACAAAAUGAACCACAAGAGAAGAGGUGUUGCUUUGGUCUUCAAUCACGAACGUUUCAACUGGCAUUUAAUGCUGCCAGAUAGACGUGGGACAUUUGCAGACAGAGAAAAUCUGAAGCGCAGUAUGACAAACCUUGGAUUUGAAGUCAAAUGCUUUGAUGACCUAAAAGCAGAAGAAGUGUUGCAGCACAUUUUUGAAGUGUCAGUGGAUGACCACAGUGAUGCAGACUGCUUUGUGUGCGUGUUCCUAAGCCACGGUGAAGAUGAUCAAGUGUAUGCCUAUGAUGCUAAAAUUAAAAUUCAGAUGAUGACAAACAUGUUCCGAGGAGACAAAUGCCCAAGCCUAGUAGGAAAACCUAAGAUAUUUAUAAUUCAGGCAUGUCGUGGAGAUAAACAUGAUGAGGCAGUUUAUGCACAGGAUGCAGUGGACUAUGCGUUAGAAGAGCCAGACAGCAACAUAACUGAAGUAGAUGCAGCUGGUGUCUAUACAUUACCUGCUGGUGCAGACUUUCUAAUGUGCUACUCUGUUGCUGAAGGUUACUAUUCUCAUCGUGAAACUAUAAAUGGUUCCUGGUACAUUCAAGACUUAUGUGAGAUGGUACGACAUUAUGGUUCGUCCUUGGAGUUCACGGAACUUCUCACUCUGGUUAACAGGAAAGUAUCUCAUCGCAAAGUAGAUAUGUGCAAAGACCAUAGUGCAAUAGGCAAGAAACAGAUUCCUUGUUUUGCUUCCAUGCUGACUAGAAAGUUGUACUUUCCUCCAAAGUCCAAGUAGAGAUGUGUAGCGGUGAGAGCUACAUCUCAUUUUACAGGCACUCCAAAAUAUGAAAAAUAUUUCUUCUUGUUAAUCUUAAUUUACACUGGGUGAACGGUUAUACUGUUUUUCACUGCAGUUACAGAACUGCGGAGUUAUUGAAACUAGGGGUGCACCAAUAAAGAUUUUCUUAGCCAAUACCAAUAGUUGAUAA